AUGUCCUACCCGCAGGGCUACCUGUACCAGGCGCCCGGCUCGCUGGCGCUGUACUCGUGCCCGGCGUACGGCGCGUCGGCCCUGGCGGCGCCGCGGAGCGAGGAGCUGGCGCGCUCGGCGUCGGGCUCCGCGUUCAGCCCUUACCCGGGCUCGGCGGCCUUCACGGCGCAGGCGGCCACCGGCUUCGGCAGCCCGCUGCAGUACUCGGCCGACGCCGCCGCCGCCGCCGCCGGCUUCCCGUCCUACAUGGGCGCGCCCUACGACGCGCACACGACCGGGAUGACUGGCGCCAUCAGCUACCACCCGUAUGGCAGCGCGGCCUACCCGUACCAGCUCAACGACCCCGCGUACCGCAAGAACGCCACGCGGGACGCCACGGCCACGCUCAAGGCCUGGCUCAACGAGCACCGCAAGAACCCCUACCCCACCAAGGGCGAGAAGAUCAUGCUGGCCAUCAUCACCAAGAUGACCCUCACGCAGGUCUCCACCUGGUUCGCCAACGCGCGCCGGCGCCUCAAGAAGGAGAACAAGAUGACGUGGGCCCCGAGGAACAAAAGCGAGGAUGAGGACGAGGAGGAGGGGGACGCGGCCAGGGGCAAGGAGAGCCUGGAGAAAGCGCAGGAGGGCACUGAGACCUCCGCGGAGGACGAAGGGAUCAGCCUGCACGUGGACUCGCUCACGGAUCACUCCUGCUCUGCGGAGUCGGACGGGGAGAAGCUGCCUUGCCGCGCCGGGGACCCCUUGUGCGAAUCGGGCUCAGAGUGCAAGGACAAGUACGACGACCUGGAGGACGACGAGGAGGAUGAGGAGGAGGAGGAGGGAGAGCGGGACCUGGCGCCAUCCAAAGCCGUGACCUCGUCACCGCUCACCGGCGUGGAGGCGCCUUUGCUGAGCCCCCCGCCCGAGGCCGCGCCCCGAGGUGGCGGCGGCAGCGGCGGUGGUGGCAAGACCCCCCUGGGCAACCGGACGUCGCCGGGCGCGCCGCCGCCCGCCAGCAAGCCCAAGCUGUGGUCUCUGGCCGAGAUCGCCACGUCGGACCUCAAGCAGCCGAGCGCGGGUCCUGGCUGCGCGCCGCCAGGGCUGCCCACGGCCGCAGCGCCGGCCUCGUCGGGGGCGCCGCCCGGAGGCUCUCCCUACCCCGCGUCCCCACUGCUCGGCCGCCACCUCUACUACACGUCGCCCUUCUAUGGCAACUACACAAACUACGGGAACUUGAACGCCGCGCUGCAGGGCCAGGGGCUCCUGCGGUACAACGCGGCGGCCUCGGGCCCCGGAGAGGCUCUGCACGCGGCGCCCAAGGCGGCCAGCGACGCGGGCAAGGCAGGCGCGCACCCGCUGGAGCCCCAUUACCGGCCCCCGGGCGGCAGCUAUGAGCCCAAGAAAGAUGCCAGUGAGGGCUGCACCGUGGUUGGUGGGGGCAUCCAGUCCUACCUAUAG